CUUGACUAUUCUUUUCCACUUCGCUAACUCACUACUGUCAGCCUCAGUCUAUAUAAUGUCUCGUCAUAGAUAUGUGAAGAACUUGAACAUUGCUGAUGAAUUAGACGAUGAUGCUCUAUCAGACGGAGUAGAUGAAGAAGAAAUGACCGCAGAGCAGCAACUGCGAAUGAACGACGUUCUCGAGGAGAUCCGUAAUGUGAUCGGCGAGGAAGAGAUUUCUGGGUUACCAGAUAGCGAAAUUAAAGACACUAUAUGGUAUUACAACUUUGAUAUCUCGGAAUCCAUACAAUGGUGCCUAGGUGCGUGAAUUCCAACAAUAAUCUCAUCAACUUUUGACUCACUUGCAUUUUAGACCAACAAGAGAAGCGCCGCGCGGCGAAAGAACGUCAAGGUGAGGUUCUUUCUCGUUCUUUGUCCCUCCCUCCUCCC